AUGGAGUCUGAUGCUGUAGUUUUUUAUAUUGAGCUGUUCAUACCCAUUUUUUCACUUCUCUUUUGCGUUCCACUAUAUCUUAGAAAAUAAUGUUUGAAAACAAUCGCUUAACAAAAUUUGCAGUCUUAUUCUAAAAAGUAUAAAAAUUAUCGUAUAGUGCUACAAAUUUUCAAUAUAUUGGCUUAUACAAACUUAGUUGUUUUGUAGCUUUGCAGCAUCCCCAUUUUAAUGAUGGAUAAUGAAUCAUAUUAAUAUAUAUAUCCAAUAAUUUGGGUUUUUCCUAUAGUUGUAGGAGCUAUUUAAAUAUAUAUAGAAGACAAAGAGUUUCAUUCCAAAAUACCUCUUAUGAUUUAUCACAAAAUAUAUUGGAUUGGAUAGAUGGUUAUUUCUUUUAUUAUAGUUGUUUAUCUCUUCAUAACAAAGGACAAAUAGGACACAGAUGAAUUAAUUAGGUUAUUUUCAUUUACAGGUAGAGCUGUUAUUUAGAUGAUUAUAGCAGUCUAUAUAUUUAUCAAAAAAUAAGACAUUUAAGAAUUUAUGGAUUUGAGAUUUUUAAUUUGGGAUCUUGAGGUUAAUUAGAUUUAAACUCCGCUUAUUAAACCGGCAAAUGAUGAGAUGGUGUUUGAUAAUAAUUCUGAUCAGGGACCAUCUGAUAACGAAAUAGAUGUUAUUGUUUUACCUGGUUUCGUAACAUAGCACAGCAGCUUACAAUUCAAGUUAAGGGUAAUACUUAAUCCAAGAAGAACAGUCUCAGGCUCAAAUAACAUGAAUUAGUUAUAUGGAAUCACUAACAGCUAAAAAGAGUACACUAUUACUAAAGAAUAUUCUGAAUUUAUAUAAUUGCAAGAAGAUUUAAAUGAAGAAAUCAGAAACGAUGAGGCAGUAACGGAUUCAACAAUAGAAGAUAUGAAUAAUAUAAAUCUGCUUUGCACCAAUAAUAUAUCUUUAGAAUACAGUCAAGUCGAGAGUCUUAGCAACAAGUUGAAAGAAUUCAUGAAAUUUGUUUGCAAAAAUCCUAACAUUUAUUAUUCAUGCUUCCUUAAAUUCAUUAAAAUCAGUGAAAUGGAUCUCAAAUAAUACUAUCUCGAAUUGAAAAACAAUAACCCAAAGAGACAAGAUUAUUAAAGAUAGAAUCAGCGUUUAGAAUCUGCAAAUAAUUAAUCAUAAUCUUUCAAUAUUGAUUACAAAAAUUAAGAAUAUUUUGAAGUAAUUUUUGAUAAGAGCGAAGAGAAAAAUAUAGAUCAUGUGAAGUACUAAAUAAAGAUUACCAAUCUGAGUAAUAAGUGCUAUGUUAAGUUGCAAAUGAGAUACAGCGAAUUAAGAUAAAUGCAUUAGGCUUUGAAGCAGCAUUUUAAAAAUAUGCCAAAAUUUCCUUCAAAAAUAAUAAAAACUAACUCUAGUGCCUUACAAGAUAGAAUGAUUUAACUUCAGCUUUACUUGUGUAUUUUACUCAACGAAGAUGAAUAUCAUAGAGAAAGCAUACUGUCCAACCAAUUAAACCCCUAUAUAACAAAACAAUUUGGUAGUAAGUUAUGGCAUACUGGAACUGUUAAUCUUUAUAGAUGCAAUUACUAUUAAUGGAGGGCUGAAAGUUGCGGCUCUUUCAUUCAAAUGACUGAUAAAGAGAGCAAAGGGUUUACAGUUUACAGAUUCACCGUCUUUGAAAAUGAAAGCAGAAGAGGGUAAAUCGAAAAGAGAUUUAAAGAGUUUGUUAAGCUUCAUGAGUUUGUUGAGCACAAAUUUUCUCAUAUUGUAGAUAGUCUUCCGAGUCUCCCACCUAAAAUAUCUAAUUUUAACACAAACAUACCAAAGGAAAAAAGGUAGCUAGAUCUUUAAGAAUACAUGAAUAAACUAUUUAGGAUUAAUAAUAUAGAUUCUUGUUAUUUCUUCAGAUAGUUCUUUUCUAUAGUCAGUUAGCCUUUAGAGCUACUUAAUAUGUCUUAAUCUCCCUAACUUUAACCACAAGAAAUAUUAAAUAAUCCAGAACAGACAUCUGAACUAAUGGAUGAUGUCUUAAAUUUAAGAGACCAAAUGGAUACAUCGAACUAAGCAGAAAAUCAUUUAAACUCAUUACAAAUAGAUGAGUUGUAACAAUAUGCUGGACAAAUAAGUCCUUCAACUAAUUGA